AUGCACAAUCAAACUAUCAACGAUAUCGAGAACUCCAUCUCUCUUGAUGACCCUCAAAGUCCACCCUCCAUCCCCGAUGGCCUCAAAGAAGAGGACAGACCCGUCAACUGGCCCUCCUCCAAAAAAUGGUCUAUCGUAGUCAGCACCUCUCUCGCAACCUUUGUCGUCUCCUUCGGCAGCAGCGUCUACUCAGCUGCCAUCCCACACAUCCAAGCCCGAUUCAGCGUCUCACCCGACACCGCCCUACUAGGCAUCACACUCUACGUUAUCGGCUUCGCCCUUGGUCCGAUGGCAUGGGGUCCCGCGUCGGAACUGUACGGCAAGCGACGACCCCUGUUUCUCGGCUACACUGUCUUCUGCAUCUGCCAAAUCCCCUGUGCACUCGCGCAAAACAUGCCUCUACUCUUGGCGUUUCGAUUCCUCUCCGGUCUAGCUGGUUCUUCGAGCCUGGCGAUUCUGGGGGGUAUGUAUGUCGACUUCCUCCGCAGACCUGCGGAGCGAGGAAUUUCCACGGCGGUUUUCAGCGUUGCGACUUUUUGCGGACCGACUGUUGGACCUAUUGUUGGAAAUCUUGCGACACUCAAGCUAGGCUGGCGAUGGACGGCGUGGCUCACUCUGAUAGGAGGUCUCGUCUUUGGGAGCGUCGCGUUUCUGCUGACUCCUGAAACGUCCGAGGUGGUGAUACUGCGCCAAAGAUCUAAGGGGAAUACCUCGGUUACCCCAUCUCGGAUAUAUCGUCCAGAACGGGGUAUAUCGAUAUUUCUACAGAGCUACCUCACAAAGCCAGUCAGGAUGUUUUUGCGUGAGCCAAUACUUAUCUUCUUCACCAUCUACAUGAGCCUCGCUUAUGGAAUUAUAUACCUCACGUUUACUAUGUACCCUUUUGCAUUUGUCACAGUCCGCGGAUGGUCCCGUAUGGACGGAAGUCUUCCGUUUGUUGGGAUGACCAUAGGGGUGAUCCUGGCCUGCAUAGGGAUUGCUCUGCACAGCAUCUACUACAUCCAGCAGAGCCGAGUUCAUGUGCCGGAACGACGUCUGCCGCCCAUGAUUGCCGGGUCCAUCUUCUUAUCCGCAGGCAUAUUCUGGUUCGGCUGGACUUCGAGCACAUCAGUUCAUUGGCUGGCACAAGCUGCUGCUGGGGUCUUCCUUGGUAGCGGCUCCAUCCUGGUCUUGAUGUCUGGCGUGGUCUACCUGAUUGAGGUAUAUCUCGUGCACGCCAAUAGUGCCCUGGCCAUUAAUAAUUUCCUACGUUGUGUGAUAGCGGCUACGUUUCCUUUGUAUGCUACAGACUUGUUAGUGAAUGCGGGGCUGGGUGUUGGUGGCUCGGUUAUUGCCUCCAUCUGUCUCGCCCUCUCACCUGUUGCUUUUCUUUUCUGGCGAUAUGGUCGCACUAUCAGACAGUGGUCAAAGUUUACAGAGGAUUGA